UCUUCAUCAUUCACGAAACAUCUCAUAUCUAGAGAGUUAUAUAUAUAUAUACAUAUAUAUAGAAUCAUAUAAUAUAUACAAGAGCAAAAAAAAGUAUGAAGGGAGGAGAGAAACAAUGUGGAAAAAUUGAUAAAUUGAAGCCAAUAAUAGCAAUCAUAUCACUUCAAUUCGGAUAUGCAGGCAUGUACAUCAUCACUAUGGUCUCCUUAAAGCAUGGUAUGAACCAUUGGAUCCUUGCUACAUACCGUCACGUUGUUGCCACCAUUGUCAUUGCUCCUUUUGCUCUCGUUCUUGAAAGGAAAAUAAGGCCUAAGAUGACAUGGCCAAUGUUCUUUAGGAUUCUUGCUCUUGGAAUCUUAGAACCACUCAUGGACCAGAACUUGUACUACAUAGGAAUGAAAGCCACAUCAGCUACAUACAGUUCUGCCUUUGUUAAUGCACUUCCAGCUAUUACCUUCAUAAUGGCUGUCAUUUUCAGGUUAGAAACUGUAAAUUUGAAGAAAGUACGAAGUCUUGCAAAGGUGGUCGGAACAGUAAUCACUUUAUUAGGAGCUAUGGUGAUGACUUUGUACAAAGGUCCAGCCAUUGAGCUCUUUAAGAGUGCUCAUACCUCUUUUCACGGUGGCUCCUCCACUAGCUCCUCCGAGACAACUGACCAGAACUGGGUCACUGGAACCUUAGCCAUUAUGGGUAGUAUCACUAGUUGGGCAGGUUUCUUCAUUUUACAAUCAUUCACGUUGAAGAAAUAUCCGGCGGAACUGUCAUUGGUUAUGUGGAUUUGUGGCAUGGGAACGAUAUUGAACACGAUUGCUUCGGUCGUGAUGGUUCGCGACUUGAGCGCUUGGAAGAUCGGUAUGGACUCGGGCACGCUCGCGGCUGUUUACUCGGGAGUGGUUUGUUCGGGUAUGGCGUAUUACAUACAAAGCAUUGUGAUUAGGGAACGAGGCCCGGUUUUUACGACUUCGUUUAGUCCUAUGUGUAUGAUCAUUACAGCCUUCCUUGGCGUGCUAGUUUUGGCUGAAAAGAUUCAUCUCGGAAGUAUAAUAGGCGCGAUUUUCAUCGUGUUCGGACUAUACAGCGUCGUGUGGGGAAAAGCGAAAGACGAAGUGAUACCGGUUGAGGAGAAAGUAGGAUUGCAGGAGCUGCCAAUCACCAAUAUAUCAACAAAAACAGCAGAAGGUACUGGUGGUAUUCCCAUUGCAGUAGACAAAGGUGUGGUGGCUAAUAACAUUAACUAAACCAAAAAAAAGACAAUGCUCUCUCAAUUUUUGAAGACCAAGUUUCCAAGAAGGGAAACUUGUUUUAUCUUUAUUACUUGUUUUGUUUUAUGUUGUUUUUACAUUUUCAAGUUGUCUUUGUGUUAAAUUGUUAAGAUUCAAGUAUAUAUAUAAAAACAAUGUUGUAUAUUUUCUGUAAUUGUGGGGAUAUCACGUAAAUGGAAGAAAUUUUAAUUUGGUUA